AUGCCGCAGUCACCUAUGAUCUCGGUACCUCUCAAGGCUACCAAUGAGAUUGAUUGGAUAUCACCCUUGAAAGACUACAUCCGUCAAAGCUAUGGAGACGAUCCUGAACGCUAUGCUGAAGAAUGUGCCACUCUUAAUCGCUUGCGACAGGACAUGCGAGGGGCUGGAAAGGAAAGCACGUCGGGUCGCGAUAUGUUAUAUCGAUACUACGGUCAGCUCGAGCUGCUUGAUUUACGGUUCCCUGUUGAUGAGCAACAUAUUAAGAUAGCAUUUACGUGGUUCGACGCCUUCACGCACAAGUCAACCACGCAAUACUCCCUCGCAUUCGAGAAAGCCUCGGUCAUUUUCAAUAUUUCCGCCGUUCUGUCAUGUCAUGCAGCAUUUCAAAAUCGAAGCGAGGACUCGCCACUCAAAGUUGCAUAUCACUCCUUCCAAGCUUCGGCAGGAAUGUUCACAUAUAUCAACGACAAUUUUCUCCAUGCGCCAUCCUUUGACCUGAGCCGUGAAACUGUCAAGACGUUGAUGCAAAUCAUGCUGGCACAGGCCCAAGAAGUGUUUUUAGAGAAACAGAUCGCCGAUCACAAAAAGGCUGCCUUGCUGGCCAAGUUAGCUGCCCAAGCCAGCUAUCUGUACGGGCAGGCCAUCGAAGGGGUUCAAGAAAACGUCAACAAGGCUAUUUUUGAGAAGGUGUGGUUGACAAUGGUCCAGAUCAAAAGUAAUCUCUUGAGUUCCAUGGCCCAGUAUUAUCAGGCCCAAGCGGAUGACGGAUCGAAUCAGCAUGGCAGUGCUGUCGCCAGGUUAGAGGUGGCAGAAAGACUUGCCAAAGAGGCAGAACGGCUGUCUCGAAACUUCCCGGCUACGGUGCCGGCCAACUCAAAUCUCGGCGGCGAAUGCGGUGCUCUCUUACAAGAGGUUUCCAAGAGGCAGGUAUCCUGUGUCCAGGAUAGGCUUCGCGAAGCGGUAAAAGAUAACGACUUCAUCUAUCACCAUGCCGUGCCCGCUGAAGUCAGCCUAGCGGCUAUUGCGAAGCUUCCAGCGUCGAAACCCAUUCCUGUGAGCGAGCUUUAUGCCGGUCAAGAUAUGCAGCGCAUAACAGGCCCCGACCUAUUCGCCAAGAUUGUGCCGAUGGCCGUAACUGAGUCGGCAAGUCUUUACGACGAAGAAAAGGCCAAACUCAUCCGAGCCGAGACCGAGAGGGUUGACACCGCGAAUGGAGAGAUGGCGGCAAGCCUGGACUAUUUGCGAUUGCCAGGGGCGCUUCAGGUAUUGAAAGGCGGCUUUGAUCAAGACAUUCUUCCCGACGAAGAUUUCCGCCAAUGGUGCAUCGAUGUUGCCGAUCAUGAAGUGCCCGCGGAGAUAUUCGAGUUCUUGCGGAACGAAAAGGAGUAUAUAAUGGUCACAUUGGAAAACAGCUCCAAGCAACUCGAUCUAGAGGAGAGCGUCUGCGAGAAGAUGCGAUCCAAAUAUGAAAAAGCUUGGUCUCAACAACCCAGCUCUCGAUUAACGACAACUCUGAGAUCAGAUAUUCGUAAUUACCGCGAAGCAUUAAACGAGGCCUUGGGGAGUGACAAGCAGCUUGCGGCAAAGUUGCAGGAAAACGAGCCUACAUUUGACGAAAUGCGUCGCGCCGCUCAGGAAUCAAAUGUCGAACAGCUCUUCCGAAAUGCUGUCGCUCAAACCCGGCCCCAGGGUAGUCAUACACUGAGUCCUGCCCACACCGAACCCAACCUCCUCGACACUGAUUUUGGUGAAAGCGGACCUAGUGUGAUGGAUCAAGUCAAUAGGGUUGAGGAUAUCAUCAAGAAGCUCAAUCUCAUAAAACGAGAGCGCAACCAGGUCCUCAAGGAUCUCAAAGAGAAGGUACACAACGAUGAUAUUUCGCAAGUUUUGAUAUUAAAUAAGAAGUCUAUUUCCAACUACGAGACCCAGCUGUUUGAGCAAGAGUUGGAGAAAUUCAGGCCACACCAGAAUCGCCUCCUGCAGGCCAAUCAUAAACAAUCGCAGCUGAUGAAGGAAUUGACAACGGUAUUCAACGCCCUGUUGCAGGAUAAACGUGUUCGGUCCGAGCAGAGCAAAUAUGAGACUAUCCAACGGCAGAGGUCUUCUGUAAUCAACAGAUACAAACGAGCAUAUCGGGAAUUUUUGGAUUUAGAGGCGGGGCUGCAAAGCGCGAAGAAUUGGUAUUCAGAAAUGCGGGAAACGGUUGGGAGUUUGGAUCAGAACGUGCAGACGUUUGUUAACAACCGCAGGGCGGAGGGCGCACAGUUACUCGACAAAAUGGACCAAGACCGGUCUGGGAUCAAGAGCAGCCAAGCCGAGCUCGAGCAAGAGCGUCUACGAGGAUUGAUGGAUCGCAUGACUGUGGAUUCGCAGCCAUCCACGUCUAGUCGUCCGACGCCCGGACCGUUGUUCCAGCCUGGACAGGGUCCUCGAUACGCGCAAAGCAACUUCAAGGGGCAAUAUCAGAUGCCUACUUCACCACCUCCCAACCAAGCAACAUAUCCAACCUAUGCCAGCCCGCCACCGCAGAGCACGUACUCGGCGCCGAUGGCUUACAAUCCGUCUCAAUAUGGUCGAACUCCAGGACCAACCUCACCGCCCUCGAACCAGACGUCGUUUGGCAUCAACAUGAUGCCGCACUCGCCGCCUUUAACUCAAACGUCGUCCUCGUUUGGGCAGAAUCAUCACCAUCAUCAACAACAACAACAACAACAACAACAACAACAACAGACGUACGGGAACUUUGGAGCAUCCCAGACGCAACAGCCGGCGGGUUAUGUGCCUCCCGGAUUUGUGCCUCCGCCGCCGCCUCCUGGACCCCCACCUCUUGGGCCGCAACAGACGUUUCACUACGAUGGGCACAGUGGUCAUCGAGAGGGUGCUCAGGCACGCCCGACACAGUCAGAGCAUGCCCAUGAUCCUUGGGCUGGACUGAGUUCAUGGAAAUAA